CCCUCUGCUGUGCAGAAUGGCCCCACACAAUUCGUUAGUGGGGCUAAGGUCCCUCUUCCCAAGGAAAGGUUUGAUGAGUUGCAGCAACCUGCAUCAGAACAAGUCUCUGAUAAACAAACAGAAUCUGAGUCUGAAUUUGACUCGUUAGAUUUUCCAGAAGUUCCUAAGCAGCCACUACGACCUAGCACCGGUGGAGUUUCAGUCCCCGAAAUGUUUCCUUUCCCGGCCUCCGCACUAUCUGACUCCGAUGAGGAGAUAGCUAAGCCUUCUGAAAAUGCUGAGAUCAAAUCGCACAAGCAAAAUGUGGAGCGAGAUGAAGUCUUGCAAGAGAAGGUAGUUUCAAAAGAUUUAGGAUCACCUGAAACUUUAUCUGCACCUGAAGAGGAGAAACAGUUUUUGCCAUUCAUGGUUCCCCCGCCAAAAUCAUCUCCAUUCUCAUCAACAAAAAGUACCACAACCCAAAGUACUCAACCUCCCUCUACUACAAAGACCAAAGUUGAGACUGACAUAGAUUUGCAGGAUGUAUUGGCUGCUGCCCAGGCAGCUGCUGAAUCAGCUGAACGUGCAGCUGCUGCUGCUCGCUCAGCAGCUAGCCUUGCUCAGUUUAGAAUCAGUGAGCUUACCAGGAAAAGGAGUGAAGAGGUGCCUGGAAGCCCCAGCGAAAACCCCUUUUAUGCUGAGAAAAAGGAACAGGAAUCUCAUAUCUUAGAAAAGGCUCCUUUUGACCUCCAACAUCAAUUGUCAAACUCUGAUGGUAUCCCCAGCCCACUUCAUGGCAGCGCAUCGGAGCAUCAGGUGUCAAAUAUUCCUUCAUAUGAUGAUGCAACAGUAGGUUUUGAGUCCUCCAUGUCCACUAAUAAUCAUCCUGCUCAGGGCACUGCUCGUCACCAACCACAGAGAUUGCCUUCCCUGGACGAUGAAACAUAUUAUUCAUAUCCUAACUUGUUUACGGCAAAUGGCUCUAAUCCCAGUUCUCGUUCACAGUCAUUCAAAGAUAAUAUUAGGUCCAGACAUGACAAGUGAAGUGGAUUUCUCUACCCCUUCUGCUGGCUCUGGUUUGUUUGCUGGUUGUGAGUUUUGAAAAUUCUUUACCCCCUUAUGCAUGUAGUACAUUCAAAGAAUCCUUGUAUAUUAAAGAGUAUGCAGUUCAAGAAUUUGCAUAAAAAUUUACUUUGGAGUAAAAAAUAACGAGUUACAUGAUCAAUGUACUACUGAGUCUUCUUGUACUCUGAUAUUAAAGCGUCAGUGUGUUGCAUGAAAUUAUCAGAAUAGCCAGAAAGAGCCCCAAAUUUAGGCAAAAAGUUGUAGGACAAGCUUUGCAUUUGCAAUACUAAUAGGUGCCCAUUCUACUCAA